AUGCGUGUAAGGUGCAACGGGCGUCGUCAGAUGGAUAGGCGGCGCGCGGCAGGGGCGCUGCUCGCGCUAGCCGUGUGCAUCGCGAGCUCAGAUGCAGCUCCGACAGCGAGCAACCAGACGGCACUGGAUUUAUAUGAGGGUGCAUCUGAAGGCUGUUAUUACAAUUUUCAACAUUAUGGUGAAGGAGAUCGGAUAAUGACAAACGAACCGUGCUUAAACUGCACAUGCCAUAACCGAAUGCUUAUGUGUUAUUUGAGAGUUUGUCCCUUCACCAAACCCAUAGGUCAAGAUUGCACUGUUGAAAAGAGGGCAGACCAAUGCUGCCCUAUCGUCACCUGUCCAGAUGUUCCAGUCGAUCUAUUAACAUCGACAUCGACAACAUCACCAGCGGAAUAUGGCGGUACCGGCGUUGGCAAACUCGAUAAGUACGGCUGUAGUAUCAAUGGAAAAUACUUCCCAGAGGGCUCAAAGGUGCCACCGACUCCGAACAAACCCUGCGAACACUGCUACUGUAUUCGAAAUAUGACGACUUGCGUUAUGCAAGAAUGUACACUACACGUAGAUGGGUGCACUCCAAUCUACCACAAAGAUGUGUGCUGUCCCGUCCGUUACUCAUGUGAUCACCCAGAGGAUGAAAUGUUACUUCUAGAUGACAUGACUACUACCGUAAGACCAACACCUGGUUUCUUACUCACCACCACAACACUGUCUCCCGUUACACAAAUGUCUCAAGACUGCGUACAUGAAGACAGAAUUGUUCCGGAUGGUGCAUUAAUUAAAACGGAAAAAGCAUGUGAACAUUGCUACUGCAUGAAAGGUGACAUAGUGUGUGUUGUUCAGGAAUGUGGAACACCAAUGGAAAACGAAGGUAAAAAUUGCACUUCACAACCACCAAGAGAAGGUCAAUGCUGUCCAGAUACUUAUAUUUGCGAAGGCGAUGACGUUAGCACGGAAGUGCCUACUGAAUUUACCACUGCACCUUCUGAGCCAGAAGAAAUAACUACAUUAUCACCACCAAGAAGAGUGGGAGUUGAAGGUAGUGGUUAUAGAAAAGAAACUGAGGAAUCUUACACCGAAAUGCCACUAUUUGAAACAGAAACUGAAGGAAGUGGAUAUGAUCACGAAAUAGGACCUAGUAUAGAUAGUUCUUCAGAAAAACAAACGUCUGAUAUAAUACCUGAAACUACAGAAGACAUUCUAUAUAUUACUAGCAGUACUGCAAAAACACCUACAUUGGAAGAAAUUGAAAAAAGCACAGAACCUGAUAAAGGACUUAAUACAGUCCCAAGUGGCUUGUUUGAUGACGAAACUUCUGAAACGCCUCUGCAAACGACAGUUUUUGAAGCAGAGAAAAUAACAGAAUCAUCGGGAAUAAGUGAAAAAGACACAUCUGAAGAUAACACCGUUGUUCCAGAAUUAUUCACCUCGCAUGAAAUAACAAAUAAACAAGAAGUGGUUACAACCACUGUAGAAUCAGUAUUUAGAAAAGAGGAUGAAAUUAAUGAAGUAACUGACCGUUAUGAGCAUACUGAACCUGAAAAGACUAGUACCCCUCAUAUUGAAAUGGUUGAAUAUACAACAAGUCUCUUUGAACAUGUUACGUCAGAAACAAACGCGCCUACAGAUGAAAAAUUGACGACAGAAAUGCCUAUUAUUAAACCAAUUGAAGAAAAAGAAACCACCACACAUUCAUUUAUUGAAAUAAGCACAUCUGCGGGAACUAGUAAGCCAUUAAGGGAAGAAGAAGUUAUAUAUGAAACCACUUCAUAUACACAAGCUACAACACAAGGGUUGUCGGAAGAUUCUUCAGAAGAAGAACAUACCCAUGAUAGCGACGAUAUAACAAAACAGAAAGAAGCUACUACUGCAUUAUUAUUGGAAUCAUCAACACCUGUGAACAAAGCCGAUGAUGAGGAUACAAUGAAAGAAUCAGAUAAAACAACUGAACAUCAUAUAGAUAUUUCUACCCCCGCUGAACCAAUGAAACCAUCGGAUGUUAUUGACGAAGUAACUGAAAAAGUAGACUCCACUAAAUCUUCUGAGGAUAGCGAUAAAACCGUGAAAGAAAAAGAAAGCUCUACAACAAUACCAUCAGAAACUGGAUUCACAUCUACAGAAACUAAAGAAACAAGUACAGAGUCCUUACUAGAAGUCUCCACUCAUGUAGCUACUAGUAAACACUCAGAUGAGGUAAGUAGUGAAAGUAUAAUGAAAGAUAAAGAAGUAACGACAGAAUAUUCAUUAGAAAUUGCAACAUCAGCUAAAGAAACGAAACCUUCAGACACACAAACUACUACAGUGACAGAUGUUUCUGACCAAAUAAUAACCACGACAGACAAAACAAGCCUUUUGGAAACAACAAAUAUUGACAACCAAGAAAAUGAAGUCGAAGGUUUUGCUAGGAUUCCGGGAGAAGGUGACUGCUUGUUAAAUAGCAUAACAUAUAGAAAUAACAGUAAAGUACCAAGUACUAACAAUUGCCAUACUGACUGUAGAUGUGUUAGCAGUAUUGUGAAAUGCGAUCCAAUAAUCUGUAGUCCACCACCCGAAUACAUGGAUAACUGUCAACCAACAUAUGAUUCGCCCGAUUCUUGUUGCCCAACAUACAUAUGUCAUACUGGAGAGACAAUGCCACCUCAACCCGAUAGCCAUAUGUCUGGCACAGAUAAACCAGUUCCAUCUUCUACAGCUGAAUGUCAUGGUGAAGAGUGUGUACUAAAACAAGGUGACGACACUUCUGCAUCUAGUGAAAAACCUGCAGUCGGUGAAUGUGGCAUGGCUGGAUGUGAUAGUGAUAUUAAAACUACACCUGAAUGUCAUGGUGAACAGUGUAUAGUAAAACAAAGUGAAGAAUCUCCUGUAAUUAGUGAAAAACCUGCAAUCAGUGAUUGUGGCCCUAAUGGUUGUGGUGAUAAUAUUCAAACUACACCUGAAUGUCAUGGCGAAGAGUGUAUAAUUAAACAAGGUGGAGAAACUCCUGUAACCAGUGAUAAACCUGCAGUCAGUGAUUGUGGUCCUGCUGGUUGUAGUGAUGAUAGUCAAACUACACCUGAUUGUCAUGGCGAAGAGUGUAUAAUAAAACAUGGCGAGGAACCUCUUGUAACAAGUGAAAAACCUGCAGUCAGUGAUUGUGGCCCUGCUGGUUGUGAUGGUGAUGUUAAAACUACACCUGAAUGUCAUGGCGAACAGUGUAUAAUAAAACAAGGAGAAGAAUCUCCAGUAGCCAGUGAAAAACCUGCAGUCAGCGAUUGUGGCCCCGCUGGUUGCGAUGGUGAUAUUCAAACUAAAAUUGAAUGUGACGGUGAUGAGUGCACAAUAAAACAAGGUGAAGAAUCUCCUGUAACAAGUGAAAAACCUGCAGUCAGUGAUUGUGGCCCUGCUGGUUGUGGUGAUGAUAGUCAAACUACACCUGAUUGUCAUGGCGAACAGUGUAUAAUAAAACAUGACGAGGAGCCUCUUGUAACUAGUGAAAAACCUGCAGUCAGUGAUUGUGGCCCUGCUGGUUGUGAUAGUGAUGUGAAAACUACACCUGAAUGUCAUGGCGAACAGUGUAUAAUAAAACAAGGUGAAGAAUCUCCAGCAGCCAGUGAAAAACCUGCAGUCAGUGAGUGUGGCCCCUCUGGUUGCGAUGGUGAUAUUGAAACUAAACUUGAAUGUGUCGGCGAAGAGUGCACAAUAAAACAAGAUGAAGAAUCUCCUGUAACAAGUGAAAAACCUGUGGUCAGUGAUGGUGAUCUUCAAACACAUCCACAUAUUUCUUCCGCUGAAAAGGACUCUACUGAAAGUGACUGUGCUGGUGAAAAUUGCCAAGCAGCGUUGCCAACAAAACCGUGUGAUGGUAAAAAUUGUGAUAUUGAGCCGGUUCUUAUACCAGUCAAAGAUAUAUCACUAUGUCAAAAUAAAGAUGAUUGUCAACCACAAGUUAUUCCCUGUGAAGGAGAAACAUGUAAACCAGCCGAUUGUAACACUGCUGAUUGCAGUCCAGGAACAGUUCCUAUUUCACCACCAAUUGAAAAAGAUCAUAUCAUACCAGGAAUUUGCUCUGAUAAGGACGAUUGUCAAAAACAAGAAGAUGAGCCAAAACUACCCUGUACUGAAGACUCUUGUAGAAGAAAAGAUACUGGAGGGGAGCUGGAAACUGUACUGCCCAUUGAUUGUACCAGUGCUGAAUGUAAAGAACAAAAACCAGAAACUGAUGGCGAAAAAGUAGAAAGUGAAACUGAAACGCAAACAGAGCCAGAAUCACUGAAACCGAUUACUCCAGAGGGCAUGCUACAACAGACCGAAAAAUCACCAACAGAUAUUCAAACAGAAACUUCAACUAAUAACGAAUUACCGGAAACAAUAACGGAAUCACAACAAAAAACUUCGUCAGAGGCUCCUCAAGAAACAAGUACAGAUGCAACAAAGGCUGAAGAAGAAACGUCGUCAAAGGCUCCUCAAGAAGUAAUACCAGAGAUAACAAAAGUACCAGAGGAAAUUCCAUCCAAGUCCCCUGAGGAAACAAAGACAGAGACCACUCAAGUACAAGAGCAGACAACGUCAAAGUCUCUUCAAGAAACGGAAUCAUUCCCUACUGAUGUUUCAAUAGAGACUUCGACUAUACAUGAUUCACCUGGACUAAUAACAGAAACAAUGUCACAAGAAGAAACAUCAUCAUCCCAGUCUCCUCAAAAAGAAGAAGAAUAUCCUAUUGAUAUUACUACAAAGAUAUCAUCUGAACACAUGCCGACUGAAUCAACGACAGAACCGUUAAUAAUAGAAGAGGGUACACCACAAAAGUCUCCGCAUACAGAAAAAUCGCCUACAGAGAAUGAAGAAGUAACGCUAUCUUCUGAAUCAUUGUCUACAAUCGCACCAAGUUCUGAACAUAGUUCUCAACCAACAGAUUUCACACUAAAAAUAUCAGAACUCACCACAGAAAACGAUGAAAUUGUAACACAUACUGAACCUACAACACAAUUUGAGCACGUCACUAUUUUACCUCAACCAAGUGUAACUGAACCUAAGCCUCGAGAAGAAUCUACACAUAUCAAUCAAGAAAUAGAUAUAGCCAAAUUAACAACCGUUUCUGAUGAAGAACAAUAUACUACCAAACCGUCUGAACAAAAAGUUACAGAAAGAGAAAAACCUGAAACCAUUAUAACUCAACUUCCAGAAGCAUUUGAAACUGCAACUGAAUCUCAACAAACCUCAAUAACUGAAUCUCGAGAAGUUACAACUGUAUCAAGCUUAGAUGCUGCAACUGAAACAUUUGAACAAACUGGCCCUACAGAAGGUCUGAAAAGCACAGACGUGCCUCACUCUAUGACUACAGCAACCGUAGAUAAACAAAGCUCAGAAUUGCCAGAAUACAUAACACCUGAAUCACAAGAAGGUAUCGAAACAACAUCAUCCACUUUAGAACAAGAAGUUACCGAAGGUUCAAAAAUACCUGAGACAGAAAAAGAAACUCUGUCACCUGUACAGCAUAUGCCGCAACAACCAGAUGAAAAUACUACUGAGAAACACGUUUCAGCUACUGAUACAAGUCAUAGUAGUACUCUCUCACAAGAAACUGUUACAUCUGCAUACUUACCUUCAGAUGUUGCAAGUAGUUCUAUAAACCAAGAAGACGAUAAGACAACAUCAGUGUCCCCACAAGAAUCACAUUCACAAACUAUAAAGACAGUUGAAGUUACUGAAAAGAGUACUUCUAUUACUGAAUCUCAUGGUGACAUCGUAACAACAGAUGAAACCAAACAAGAAGAUAAGGAAAGUACUACAGAAUCCGUAUUAACUAAAGAUGAAGAGGAACAAACCAAAGCACCAGUUACUAAUGUACCGAAAUUGCCUGAAGAUAUAACAGCAACAACCACUGAAGAUUUUGUAACUAUAAAAUCUGAAAUGAUAAUACCUGAUAAUCAAAAAGAAAUUGAAUCUUCAGAAACCCCCGUAACAAUAUCCGAUGAAAUGAGUACAACUAGUAAAGAUAUACCAGUUACAGAUAAAUCCACAAAAGAAACAGACUUAUACACAACUAAAAAAUAUAGUAUGGCUCCUACAGAAUCUUCAUUUACGGAACAAGACAAACAAACUGAGUAUCCUAUAUCUUUAUCAUCAGAACCAACAAAAGAGGGUUCGAGUACUUUGAUGUCCACACUAUCAGAUAGUGAAACAGUAACUUCAAAAUCACCUGAUGUCACAUAUGGUCCAACAGAAAUUUUAGUAACUACUGAAGUUGAAGAAGUAAUAACCACUGAAAAAGUUCUUGUAAGUGAAGCCACAGAUUUACCUUUACCUUUCGAUGAAGACGUCGGUACAAAACAACCAAUUCCCGAUAUUACUGAAAGAAUAGAAACUAUCAAAGAAGAAUCAACCACAGCAGUUGUAAAAGAAUUGACAGAACAACCAACUGUUAUUGCUGAAGAUGACUUUAGAACCAACGAACCUCCACGUGUGACAGAGAAGGUUAUGGACGUAGAACAAAGCGCAUCAACAGAGAAGUCGACAGUAGAUUUUAAGGAGUCGCUUGCAACUACAGAACAAUCAGCACAAUCAUCUAAGCCUAUUGAUUCGGAAACAACCACUGCUUCAGUUUCAGUACAAGAUGGUGCAACUGAAAUUUCUCAAAUGGAAUCUGAAUCUACAUUAACGGAUCACGAGAAAGUAACAGAAAAAAUGCCUGAGCAAAUAGAUGAGAAAGAAGAGAAACCAACUGAAUCACCUGUACAAACAUACACGGAAUCACAAGAUUUUGAAACCAAAACGUCGAGUGUAGAUAUAGUAACACCGAUACCAGAAGACUCUGGUAAAGAAACAAUUUUACCUGAAAUUCCCGAUGAAAAUCCAGUGACAGAACGCGAAGUUAUCAAAAAUGAAAAGUCUCCAUCUACAGACAAAGAUAUGCUUUACUCACCGACAGAAAUUCCAGAUCAAGUUGUUACCAAAGAGGAUAUAGGAACAAAGACUCCGGAAAAUCUUUUUACUGAUAAAGAUCUACCGUUUGUAACGCAAUCAGAAGAUGAAAUAACCAAAAUAUAUACUGAAGAACCAGAAACUUACACCGAAAUUCCUGUGUCAGUUACUGAACAAGAAAAAGAAAGCGAAACAUCAAGCAUCUCAGAUUCGGAACCUGAAAUCAAAGAGCAAACACAGGAACCUUCUCUAAGUAAUGUCACUCCCACUGUUAUUAUUGAUGUCGAAAAAGAACCUACUCAAUCAGUUAUUAUUCCAUCUGAAAUCAGUACAAAAUCCCCCGCAAUGCCUGAAUCACAUGUCAAAGAGGAGGACCAAGGUAUGCACACGUCUGUUACUAGCCCUAUUCAUAUUCAAACUACUCCAUUACCAGAAGAAGUAACUCAUACGACGAUAUCAGAAUUACAAACUGAAGAGCUAUUAGAAGUUACUAAAAAACCGCAAGAAUCAACUAUAGAUCCUCAUGCCAAAAUAACAGAAUUAACUUCUGAAAGUGUUACUGACGCGGUUCAAAAAGAGAUUAUAACUGAAAACCCACUCGACUACACAACAGCUGAAAUUUCAGAAAUUACAUUAGUACCGCUACAAGACAAAACAACUUUACAAACUGAUGAAAUAAUCACAAAAUUGCCCGAUGAAAUUGUUUCACAAGAACCGCAAGUUCCGGUUACUGAUAAAUAUCCAAAAGAUACUCCUGUGGAAUCUCAAACUGAAACAAGUACAAGCGAUAAAGAAAUUUCCACAGAAAAGGCUCAGAAACCAUUAGACACAGACACAAUGACUUAUGAAGAAAAAACAACACAGCAACCUGAAGAAGUUGUUACUGAUGUUGGUCAAGAUAAGGUCACCAUGUUAAUCGAGGAGACAUCUAAGGAAGGAUUAACAGGAUCCAUCGAAGUAACAACAAAAUCAGUUAUUGACAGCGAAGAUAUACUAACUAAAGGACCUGAAAUUACUAUAACUUCAUCUCCCCAAGAACAGUCUACAGACGGCGUCCACGAAACAAUUCCAGAAGAACAGGAAAAAAUUUCUACGAAAUUGCCAGAAAUCAAAGAUUCGAAAUAUGACGAACUGACAGAUAAACCAAAAUCAAGCACAAGUGCUUAUGAAUUUACAACACCUGCUGCUGACGAAGUGAGUACAAAAAUAACAGAGAUUUCACCUGGAUUGCCUGAUGAAGAAAUUCUUAAGACGGAAGCUGAAGACAUAACCACAUCCAAAUACGAUAUCAGUAAAACUACGCCAUAUGUAGUCGAGUUAGAGGAGCACACACAUAAAACUAUAGAGGAAACUUCAACAACUUUGCCUGAAGACUUAGAAAGUGAAAGCAAACCAACAGAAAGUCACGUAGAUUUGUCAACGGAAAAAGACAUUAUUACAGAAGGUGCAGACUUUUUAGAAAAUAAGAAAGACCAAUCCUCUACCAGUUUGCCAAGCGAUGAAAUAACUAAACAAUCAGAUCAAGAAUUAGAAAAAUCUACACCCUCUUUCUUACCAUCGGAAGACAUUAUGUCACAAACAACAACUCCUGCAUCUGAAAUCUCUGCUGACAAACACGAUGAUAUGCCUUCUGUACCCACACAGCCUCAGGAAAAUGUACCGCCGACGUCUGAAUUAGUAACACCGCUUCCAGAAAUAAAAAUACCGGUUCAGACUGAAAAAACUCCAUCUUCAGAUGUUAGGAUACCGGAACAGGAAAUUUUACCCAUCACAAGCAAAACUACAACAUCAAAAGCAGAGGAAGACAUCUCGACACCCUCUCCAAUAUCCAAACCGGAAGAAAGACCUGCAGAACCUCUGCCUCCAAGUGAUAUCCCAGAAACUCCAAAACCUGGAUUUAAUGAAAUUUUACCGACUGACGAAAUUCCAGAAGAAGAAGGUCACUUCCCACCAAGUGGUGGCUAUGGCCAAGAGCCUGAUUAUGUAGAAGAAGAUCAAGCGUUUGGUCCUGGAACUUGUCGCUAUGGAGGGAAAGUUUACGUAUCUGCUCAACAAAUACCCAGAGAUGAUCCUUGCGACUUUUGCUUCUGUUUCAGGAGUGAUAUCAUCUGUUUACAACAGAGUUGUCCACCCCCUAUUCAUGGUUGUCAUGAGGAACCAAUACAAGGUUUCUGCUGUCCGCGAUACGAAUGUCCCGUAGCUAUGGCUACUUCUCUCAAUGUCACAACUACUACAACAACGACAACCACGACUCUACCGCCACACUUCCUUCCCCAUGCCUAUAAAGGAGCAGCACAACGGAGAGGAUGCCAAAUAAAAGGACAUACUUACAAAGUCGGAGAAGUAGUACGCGCAUCAUCUGGCCCAUGUUUACAUUGCACGUGUGGAGGAGACGGACAAAUGAAAUGCGAUCCAAAGGCAUGUACCCCAGAGCCAAUGUUAAGGCAAAUGAUUGCUGCUGCUGUAUCUGCGAAACGACGAAGGUGAAAUAUCUCACAGGACUUAAUGCAGCAUUCGAACACGACAUCACAAGGAUAAGCACCUAUGUGAUAAUAGUUUCCAUCUUAUCUUCUAUGCACAAGAAUAAUGCUCAAAUUAUCCCGAUGGAAUAGUUUAAGAUUUCGUGUCAUAUGUAGUAAUUGAUAUUAUAUUAUUAUAAUUUACAUAGUGUCGUGGCACAACUGAAUCAAUCAUGACUGUGAUUAAAAUGUAAAAUUUUAAUAAUGAUUUUCUUAAACUAAAUUUAUAUAAUGCAAUUAUUAGUCUUUAAUUAAGACUAAUUUAUUUUUGUUUAUAUUUUUAACAAAAGUCAGUGCCAAACGAUAGUGGUAAGUUGUAAACGACUAUGCCUUUUGAUAAUGACGUUCCAAAUCUUGUUAAAAAGACUUGUACUGACCGAAGCGAAGCUGUAGAAUCUCAGUACAUUAACAUUAGAAUAACGUAAGCUUCGUGGGUCAAUUGAUCGCCGAAAUCUUGACCAUAUUACAUGUAAAAUUAAUUGUUUUACCGAUAAAUAUUUUAGUCAAUGUCUUUGUUUUUACACGAUGUUACAAUUAUUAGAUCUAGUAUCGUGUAAAUAUGAAGUAAGUUUUAAGAAUCCCUGAUGUUGUAAAUGCCUUACUUAAUUUGUAAUAAUUUAUAUAUUUUAGGUGUAUAGUACUUAAGCCAUGUUUUGAGACCAGUGACUACUAUAAUUUAGAAAUAAAACGAAUAACGAAGGCCCUUGCAUGAAUAGAAAAGUGUCGGUCGACGCUUAGCCUGCGCCGGCGCUCGCCUUGGCCGAUUCUUUUCCUUCAUAAACGUCUUAGCGAAAACGAUACCAUGAUUGUUUUCCUUAAUUCGUGUAAUACGUACAAUUAUUACUGACACUUGAUAAAGUGAAGGGUUUGGCCUCCGUGUUCUUAAUCGUUUUGUAAAAACCAUUUACAAUCUGAUGAAAAUUAUAUAAAACAUAAUGUAGAAACUUUUGUAACUUUUGAUAUUAAAGUGCUGGUAGACUUAAAUAUGUCAUAUGAAGCAGAUCGAGAUGUGUACGAAAGCCUGUUAAGCUUUUACGGCCGCUUAUAAAUAUUGGUGCACGAACGAGCGGUCGCAUUAAUUCGUACAAAUCUUGUUCUGUAUAUACUGGUUGUAGUUAUAUUUCUUUUUAUUUAUUUAAAGUUGUAGCAAUAGAUUAUAUAAUAAUUGGUUUUAAAUCAUGAUGAUGUAACUCAUGCGAUAACACAAAAAAAAUCCAAGUCGAUGUACGCAAUAAUUAAAAUUGUCUAUGUCAAAACUUAUUUUACUUGUUUAAUUAUAUUUUACCGAGUCUAGCUAUUUUCUAGCUGUCUGUGCAAAUGAGUUUAAAAAUAAAAUAUUCCAAAUGAAAUGUGUACAUUCAUUUUACUUUUUUAUGUAAAUAUAUAAUAGCCAAUAAGCAGGUAUUUCGUUGAGUAAAUACUUCAAGAUUAUCUUACCCAAAUAUAGAAGAAAGUAACCAAAUAUAGAAUAUUAACUCUAAAAUGGAAUGCUGAAAUUACUUUUUAAAGUAUUCUUUAUGGAAAAAAAUUAUAAACUUUAUCAUGAGCAGAGGGCAGUUUGUUAGACCUACUGUUUUACAAUUUUUUCCAUAUUAAUUAGUAACAAUUUAAUAAAGAAUUUUAUAGUAUUCCAUAUCAUAUAUACUUUAUAUAUUCUAUUUUAUCCUCCCGUGUGGAGGUAUCAAGUUUAAAAUAAAACUCCGGUCUACAGUCCCUUUGACCAUGUUAAAAAAUGAAGAUUCUAAAUUAAUGUAAGAACGGCCGUUUAUGCCACAAAGCAUUAUCAACACUAUCAAGAGAAUCAAAAUUGAUAGUGUGAAUUCCGUUGAUCUACGAGUAAAACAAUGAGUUUUUUUUUUCAAGUAACAUCGUCGAAUCGAAAACUUAAAAACAAAGAUUUAUUUGUAAUUCAAUUUUUAAAUAUAUAAUCUUAAAGGAAGCUGAAAUUUAAAAUUGAAGUUACAAGGUUAAGUGGAAUAUUAUAUGACAGGUGAUGUAAAUAUUUAUAAACAUAUUUAAUAUUAAAAAAUAUUAUAUAUUACCUUAUAAUAUUAUAUUACAUAUUCCGAGUCACGAAAAUCACAAGAAAAGCAAUUUAUUUUAUAAUUAUAAUAUUGAAAAAUAUUUAAAAUUUUAUACUUACACAAUCUGAUUUUAUAAUUAGGCUUUUGCUACGAAUAGAUAAUAUAACAUCCACGUUUUUAUUAUUUUCCUUUUUAAUUUUUUUUCUCAUGUGUAAUUCGCAAAAUUUUUUUGUACAAUAGACUCUUAAUAUACCUACCUAUUUUGACAAAUUUAAUCCAGAUUCCUUAAUACUUAUGAGUUAUUAGCAAAAUUACAUACGGAUUAUUUAUAUAUAUAUAUAUGUUUCAUAUAUUAUCCUAUGGGUAGAGUCAUGGCUAUAGAGUUAGCCGGUCGAACUCUUGUUUUAAUUCGUGUUAUUAUGGGUUUCGAAAAAUACAUAUAUUUUGUUUUCUGAGCACGAACCAUUGAUACAGAAAGUGAUAGAUAUAAGUAAUAUGUCGCGCUUCGAAUUCAGUGCUACGGUACACUUCUAUGGAUG